ACCGGACUCCACCUGUCGCGAGCGCUGUGUUUUUUUCCGUGUCCGUAUCGUAAGCGAGUCAUAACCGCGCGCGCUGUGAGGCUGUGACACAUGACGGCACGAGACACAGGCGCGAGACCUGGCUGUUGUUUAUUUUUUUUAAGGAAAGCUGGGGAAAUUAACCGACAGUUGAAAUGACCGCUUAGGACACCUUUGCCUGCUUCAUGUUUUGAAUUGUUCCCGAGGACAGAGGAGGAAACGUCGACCGUAAUUCCGGUGGAUGUUUUUAUCCGCAGUGCCCCAGCCGAGCAGCCAACCAGGGAGCAGAAUGUCAAGACACCAGCAGCAGCAGCAGCAGCAACAGCAGCACCGGACGACGUUACGAUUUACCGACAACGUGGUGGAGGUGAAAAGCAAAUUUGAAGCAGAGUACCGUCGCUUCGCUCUGAAGAGGAACGGCCCGGGUGGCUUUACGGAGUUCUACCGCCUCCUCCAAACCAUCCACCGCAUCCCUGGUGUGGACGUGCUGCUGGGAUAUGCCGACGUCCAAGGAGACCUCCUUCCAAUCAACAAUGAUGACAACUUCUACAAAGCUGUGUCGUUAGCCAAUCCCCUGCUCCGGAUUAUCAUAACCAAGAGAGAGGAUGAACCCAUAAUUAUUGCCACCAACUCCCUCCAGAGGCGUAAAAAGGGGCUGGGCUUAACCGGCCUGCGCACCAGCGGCUUUGACUCCACCCGAUCCAAGAACAAACCGGGCCUCAUGAUCGGCAUGCCUCAGAACUUCAGACAGAUCUCUUCCAUCAUCGAUGUGGACAUCUUACCUGAGACACACCGACGCGUACGACUCCACAAGCAUGGCACCCACAAACCCCUGGGCUUCUACAUCCGGGACGGAGUGAGCGUGCGGGUGACACAACAGGGCGUAGAGAAGGUCCCAGGGGUGUUCAUCUCUCGUCUGGUACGCGGGGGGCUCGCAGAAUGCACAGGGCUGCUGGGAGUCAAUGACGAGAUACUCGAGGUCAACGGCAUCGAUGUAGCUGGGAAAUCUUUAGAUCAGGUUACAGACAUGAUGGUGGCCAACAGUCACAACCUCAUAGUGACCGUCAAACCGGCCAACCAGAAAAACAACGUGGUGCAUCGUGGGAGUAGAACCUCAAUGGGCAACUCUGGUUCCGUGGGCUCAGCUGGAUCUGCCGGCUCCGCCCUGUCACAUGACUCACCAAGCCCCGCCUCCCAGAGCAACCCCAUCACAGCGAGCAACAGCAUUGCCGAGGGCGACAGCGAUGACGACGAUGACGAAGGCGACCUCAUCCUAGAGAAUGACAGCCUGACACCUUAUGACUCCAGCCGGGUAACCAACAGCAACAACACUAACCUCAACAGAGACUCACCUAGCAACAGGCCCCUCCCACAGAGCGUUUCGUUGCCCAAUAGUGUCGGGGCUUCCCUGAGCGACAGCUCCGUGUUGAUGUCCAAUCACAACGGAAACCCCGCCCACACAUCUAGUAGCAGUCAGGAGAGCAUGCGAGAGGACGGCAACAUAAUAACACUGUAACCAUGGCAAAACUGAACGCUAUUAACAGACUGAGGGGCUGUAACCAUGACAACUACAGAUGGCUGUGCCCCAGUCAGACUCAGCAGGAGCAGGACAGACGGCUCUGCCACAUGUGGCCGAGGUUACUGUCAGGUUCAUCAUUUAUUGAUUAAAUGCUAUCGUGUAUGAACUGAUCACUGUAGACUUAUAGAGAGCAACGUGAUGGAACAUUAAACUGCUCCUGUAAAAGCCAUAAGUCGGUUUGAUGUCAACACCUUAAAGAAAUCAUCUCUCAUCCAAAAUUGCUUGUGAAGUACUCGAUCUGAAACAUCACCAUCAACUGCAGGAUGUCUGACUCGUCCACCAUGAAGAGAACAUUAUGAAGUUAAACAUGAAGGGCUCUAUCGUCAGCACAGCGACCAGUGCAAGCAGCGCUCGGGCAGUUUGUGUUUCCUGACGGCUGCCAAACUGGGGUUUCAUUGACAAGAGCAAAAUAAAUAUUUGCAGCAAUUGCACAACAAUAAUGGAGUUAUAAUUACAAAUGUAACAACCACUUGCUUUUUCAACAUUGUAAAAUGGAAGUUUAAUGUGGAUAAAGCAGGAGCAGUUAUCCUGAAAUGAAUACACUGUAAGUCUCUGUCUUCUUCAGUUUGUGCUGUUCACAGCUGUUUUAUACUGUGUGCAGAGUUUCUUCUUCGGGUCUUUCAAUUCCUGCAGACACCUGAAGGCAGCAGGACGAUAGAUCUGCAGCCUCUAAAGGAGAAGUGCGCUCGAACUACAGCUGUUUGAGAGGCAAUGAUGUGAUUGGCUGUGAGCAUAUUUAUUAAGAGAGUAUCACACCGUUAAAUCUAUAUUCCACUUCAGACUGCGCAUACAUGAAGCAGAGAUGGAGACACACACACACACACACACACACACACACACACACACACACUGAUCUGCAACUCUGCACGGGUUGUUGCAAUUGUAAUAUUAAAAGAGUGCCCAAGUUGUAUUAUAAAACAUUAAAACUCCAAAAUAUAUUGAAGACAGAUUCAAUGGGUUGAACGUUUUUCAAAGGGAUUUGAUGAUAUUUGCAAUAUUUUUCAAAUUUGAAUUUUUAUAAACUAAAUUAAUUGAAAGAUGAUCAGUGUUGAUCUCAUUGGUUCAAGGCUUACAUUUGUAUAUACUUUAAAAAUAAAUGUGUUUAAAAAGAUGACAUAAAACAACAUUCUUUAAUAAGGUUGGUCAGUUCUUUGAUAUUGUUAGGCUAAGAUUGUUUCUCUUUGCAAAUCUGGAAACGCAAUCACUGUGAAUCACAUAUCAUUCAGAUUUCAAAAUCAUCUGGUCAGCAGUUGUUCUGAUAGGAUGCGCAUAAGAUGGAAAAGAUUGUUAAAUAGAGGGUGUAGAUACAUAGUGAAUAUUCUUUAUGGACCACACACACACACGCACAGUUAACUGUGUGUGUUUGUGAGGCCCUGUCGUUGUAGCUGGAGCUCUGGGGAUAUUGCCUUACAGUCAGAAAUGUGGGCAAACCGCUCUGUCUGAUUCACAUUCUGCCUCCAAUGACAGAAACAUGUUUUUGUCUGACUGUCUAACUGAGUCAUUGUCAUGGUUUUGUUUACUGAAAUAAAAUCUGCUAUAUGAUGAA